UUGUCAACGCGCUUUAUAGGGUGGGAUGUACCACGGCAGACGGCAGUGGGAGCCUGAUUGUUCGCUGUUUGUGGAAUGCCAGCGCCUUGAGGUCAGCGGUCAGUAAGUCGCACCAGGUCACGGCUACACAGAUUGGGCUCUGAAAACGCGUAUGAGACUGUCAGUGGUGCGUUGCAAAGGAGAGAUGACGGAAGUGGCCCGCAGGCAUCUGUAGUUGAAUGUCUCAGAAUCUCCUAUCUGGGUGACCUCUAAGGCCCAUGGACAGUGGACUCGGGUCAUGAAGACAAGAGAAGUGUCUAGCCACUGGAUAUCUGACCAAAAGGACAUUGAUCAAUGCGAAGUUACGCAACAGUCCUUAAGUCAAGCCACCGAUUCGAGCCAAAAUGCCCAAUCAAGCAUACUAUCACCUUGCCGAACGUUCGCAAGUACAGGAUUGGGCCGAUGGGAAUCAUACUCCUCUCUCAUCAGCACAGCUGUCAUAAGUCACGGUCAGGGACACGAGUUGUGGGAGUCGCCCAGGAGGGCAUUUUACCUUAAAUCAAUUCUUUUCUGUGGACUGGUUACUUCACUGGCUGGAGCCGUGGCCACGAUCCGCGUGGGUGCCGGAAGGCGGGCGUCAGGCUACGUCUCGCGUCACCGCUGUGCAUCAGGACUCGGGAAGGCAGACAUCAACGCAUUACGCUGGCGCAGCUUCAAACCAGGUUCAACACCUCUUUUGCUAAACCUCGCUACUCUCAACCAUGGCGCAUCAUGCUUUUGGCAGGGAUGGGCGAUGGACGAUGGAAUACGAAAGCAUGAAAGCUCGGAUGGCUUGAGGUGGGUUGAUAUCAUGAUGAGCCCCCGUUGAGCCCAUGAAUGCACUCCGCGGGCAGGAUGGUUACGAUGGAAGCAGCGAGGUACAAGAACGCCAGCAAAGCUUACAUACGUACAUUUGUGAAUGGAGUUCUGUGUACGUAUGUACGGACCUAAGGCAAAAAGUGCAAGGCUUCACUGUUCAGGA